AUGUGGGAAAAGGUCUUCAAUUCGGAGUCGGCCAUCUGGAGAGAUCGCUUUGGUAAACACUACGACAUUGCUCCGGGAAGACGCUCUAGGGAGUUGAAGAUUGAAUACCAGAUCCGCGCCAUUGUAUUGAGCCCUCCGAUCCAAUUUAAAGAGGAGGAAGACGCCCGUCAAUACCUCUGGAUGGAAGUCAUGCAGACUAUGCUCGAGGAGUGUCUGAAGCUACCCGUCGGUUCUGGAGCGACCUCAAAGACCCUGCAACGUAUACAUGAGACCCUCAAAGGGGUAGAUUUCCUGAGCGAGUUUAGAAAGGGACGAACUUCCUCGCCGCUUUUUUAUGCUCUCCAGCUUUGCCUAAGUUCAUUUGCUCUCGAUCCAACCAUCACCGAACCCUGUCGUCGAACCGACUACGACAUCAAACAAGUCUACUCAUAUGCAGACGAGGUGGGCGAGGCAUUCAUCGACCACGAUAACCUUGAUCUCGCUAAGCUGCUGAACUUGCGCAAUUUCUGGCAACGUCACUUGCUGAAUGCUGCCGAGCUUACCUUCCAAGAAUCCUUUUCUGGGCUGCCUGCGGAUAUGAAACCUAAGGUGCGAAAGGAUAUUCCAGCCGAGGCAUCCCGACUAAGCCCAUCGUGGCUUGGAUACUACUCGUGUAUACAUCCGCUAUCAGACCUGGAAAAGGCCAACCAGCGCCAGACAUGCGCUGAUCUUGAGACACACGGUGACGGAAUCGACAUAAUGUUCUGGCCCGCGCAAUGCAGCAAGAUCAUCCCUCCCGCUGGUGGGGUCGAUACUGAGCGGGUAUAUUUUGACGGCAAACAGAGAUCCUAUGAUGCCCCCCAUGAGGCAGGAAACCCUGUGUUCGGGUUCACCGAAGAGAUUGCUGUCCCCCAUGGUGGAUUUGAGGGAUGGACGCGGGUCUGUUUUACCAUCGUCGAAGCGGAUGAGGAUGAUGAUGAAGAGGAACCGCCUUCCUCUGCCGUGAUGGAUGGCGAGGGCUGGAUUCAUGGCUACGAGGCUGUCAUAGUACCAGGCGGGCGCAUGAUGCUGGGACGGUGGGUGGAUAUGAAGGAGCCAGAUGCCAGAGGGCCAUUCAUCUUUUGGGACGUGUGA